AUGUACUCACAGCAAAGAGAAGUAUUUUCAAGAGAAGAUCACGAGGUCUGUAGGCAAAAACAAUGGGCAUCCCUAGGUGCUUGGUUUUUGGGGCCCAAAGCAGAAAAUGGAGAAGUUUUUCGGGAAUUGCUGACGAAAGCUGUCGAUUCUCAUAUCAGAUUCCGUCACAGGUACUCAGUUCAAAGUAUUAUGGCAGGGGGUCACAUGUAAGGCGGUCAGGAUGCUUUCCCCCCAACUAAAUCGGGCUAUAACAAGUCCUACUUCAUUUUUAUUUAUUUUUAUUUUUAAUUUAUUUAGAUCGUUACUUUAUUUAUUUAUCUAGUUUUUGCCGAAACCGUUGUCAGGUUUUUUGUAACACAGGAUAUUAAAGAAAUUUACCUUUUUAACGCCGUUAAUUGUUUUAUAAACAUCAGUAAACGCAGUCAGUGUCAGAACCUAAUUUUGCCUAAAUAGACCAAUUUCGAUACAUUAAAAUUCACGCUCGGCUCCGAGGUCUAACGGAUUAAAACAAAAGAAAUCGCCUGAAGGUUCAGGGAUGAAUAAUACAUUUUUUUUAUUCCCCUAAGCCUCGCAGCUAAGUACGAAUUUAGUAAUAUAUCGAAAUUGGUCUAUUAGCCUUGUAUUCGUCAAAAAGAGCAAGGACAGUCCUAAAAAUAGUGCCAAUUAUAAUUUGUUCAAAAUAUUUUUCCUUUUUUGAUUGGCUUAAAUCUGCCGGUUAAUUCUUUAUAACUAGCUAAGGCUGGUCAAAUAGCGCAUUUCAGAGUUUUGCCAAGCACUUUUCAAAAAUACGGCAAGUGCAAAGGUUUUCAUGUAAAAAUAAUUGUUUAUUUUAUAAAAAGAAAAAAAAAAAAAACAGCAACAACAACUCAUUUUAAUAUAACCAUUCAUAUCCUGCUCAUCCUCAUCCAAUAAUUGUUCAUUUCAUUUAACAGUUACUUUCCCUGUGAUCCUCCUUAUGUCACAGACGAGCUUCGGGAGGCAGGUUCCUUCAACUAUGCCAUGGAGAAGUUGAAAUCUGAGAUGGACAAAUUGCAGAUGGAAUUAAAAAAUUCUGUUCCAUUCUUUAGUUCCAGAUACAAGGUAUAUAUUUUGAGUAUAUUGCUAUUUACCUAGUACUCUUUCCAGAUUAAAUAUUCCUCUUUCCUGAAAAGUUGGUCAGCCACAAUUCCAAAGAAAAGAAAGACAAUAUGGUGGGCAUAACACGCCUUUAGUGUUGCAAAACUCAUUUCUAGUCAUUUCCCUGCUAAUUGGCGGAAAACUGGUCAAAACGGAGGAUUUGGUUAAAAAUGCGUUUUUUUUCCGCUACAGACUGACGGUCACCAAAGGGUUAAUGUUUGCACGUCUACAUUAAAUGUUCCAAAAGCUUCCACUAAAACCUCAUGGGAGCAACUCGUAUUUUCUUUGCCUCAGGGUCACGUUCUUUGGGACACAGCAAUGCCAGCUAACCUUGGCUACAUGUCUGCAAUGUUGUACAACCAAAACAACUGCGCGUCAGAGGCCUCCACUGUCACAAGUAAAUAUGAAAUGGAAGUGGGCAAGGACUUGUGUGUCAUGCUGGGGUAUGAAAGGGACAAAUGUAUGGGACAUCUUACAGCUGGUGGUUCUGUCGCUAACAUUGAGGCAGUUUGGGCGGCAAGAAAUGUAAAGUACUUUCCACUGGGACUACAAGAAGCUUUGUUUAAGGAAGAUAGACUUUUUGGUGCCAAAGGUUAUAAGGUAAGUUGUCCUGCCAUAGCAUUUUAGUUUCUUUGACACACUGAGUCGAAGGCUUUUUAAAUUCUAAGAAAAUAAGGUCAGUUUCAAGGCCUUUAUCUGGAGCUUGACCAAUAUCCUGCAUUAGUUGAAGGAGUUGAGUCGUACAAUAUUUUCGCGACAGGAAACCAUGUUGUAGAGGGAAUAUACAGUCCCUGAUGAAUGGAACGAGACGUGAGGUUACGCAGUGCUCUUGGAUCUUAGAUACCUUUGAUAACAAGGAAAUAGGACGAUAGUUGUUCACUUGGUUUUAACCAUUCUCUUUAUUAACAGGAGCGAGGUUAGCACAUUUUCAUUGAGUGGUGUGCAACCCACUACGCAAGUCAAAUUAAUAAAAACGACAUUGGGAAGUUUUUCAGGGCCAGUAGCCUUGUUAACCUCCGGCGUUUUUAAUAGUUUAGAGACUUCAUCAACAGUAACUUGAAUUAGAUCGAGAAACAGUGUCCGCUGUUCUCGCGAGAAGAGUAACAGUAAGGUAUGCCACAUCUCUCUUUGCUCGGCUGAGGCGCUAAUGGGGGCUUCCAACGUUGCCAUCAGUCGACCUCCACGCUCUUCCAAGUUUUGCGGUCCUGCGCCAAAGCACGAAUUUAUUGACGAACAGGGGGUUUUCAGGAUUGAUUAGCUUUGCAGCAUACUCGUGAAAUAGAAUUUACGUCCACCAGGUCUUGGUUUGACGUGUAUACAGUGUUUGUGUGGUAACCAGUCAUUAAGUGUUUACUAUUGUCUAUGUGUUUUUCUAAGUUCAUUUUACUCUGUUUAGGUUUUUUUCCCUCAGAGAGGAAAAGAAACAGAAUUAAUCAGCGCGUCACGGUGGGAACUUCUUAACCUUGAUGUCGACACUAUUUUAAAAAUGCCCUCUGAUGUACAAGUUUUAACAAGCCUCGGACAUCAAGAAUUUACGGAAAUUAUGUCAGAGUAUCUCUAUGAGUUCAUUGGAGCGCAGGAGUUUGUACGGCGACAUAUGCUAACGCAAAGUCCGUGCAUUUUUGUUCCAAGCACAUUGCAUAGUUCCUUAACGAAAGCAGCCACCAUUCUCGGACUUGGUCGAAAGAGCCUUGUCUCUGUAGCAGUUGACGAAAACUCGCGGAUGGAUCCUACUGGUUGGUAAAGUUUUUAUCGUGUUAUCUUCAUGAAGCCCCGAACAAGUUUCUGCUGUACGUGUUUCUAUCUAUUAUAGCCAUUUUCAGAUUUACAUUCUCUCCUUGCAGUGGAAGACAGUAACCUAGCUUUGUUGUGGCAUAAAAGAUAAUACAAACUAGCUUUUGUACUGACGUUAUCAAUGUGCUGGAAUUGAUUACUUGCUUGACGGGUUACUGUGUGUUCCUUACGCUUCUUUAUGCUUGGUUUUCUCGUAAAGUCAUUCAUUAUAUGUUAAAAAAAGGAAAGAAAGAAAGAAAACACGAGUACAGGAAAAACAACAGGGUGUAUUUAAUUAACAUUAACAGCCCGGGUAAUUAAUAGUCCAUUUUCGAGUUACAAAAAAAACCUCACUUUCAAAAUAAGGUCAAGUGAGAUAUCUUUCUUGUGAAAAUGAGUUUUACUUGCAUGAGAAUAACUAAUCAUUUUCAUAUCAAUGGCUUUGCAGUUACCCUCGCUUUAAAACAGAGGAUUGCUUUUGAGGCAAUUCGGAGAUGGCCUAUUUACUGAUUCAAGUGGUCAUAUGUAUGUCAUUUGUGCGGUUUAUUGAGAUCAGCAUGAGUUGUUGGUCAUUGAAUCGAAGACCAUUAACAUUUUUUGUACCAACUUUUAAUUUAGAUUUGAACCGCAAACUAAAAGAAAAGUUGGAUAAGGAAAUUCCAGUCAUUACAGUAGUAGCUAUCACAGGAACAACAGAGCAAAGCGCCGUGGAUCCAGUGAAUGCAAUUGUUCAUUUGCGCGGAAAGUUUAGAACCAAGGUAAGAAUAACGUGAACUUUAUAUGACUUCAUUUCUGAAAUUCUGGCCACUGUCUUCAUCAUCCUCAUCAUGAUCGUUCCCAUCUUCGUCGUAUCAUGAAUCAUCUUCAACAUUAUCAAUAGGAGUUUAAGCAAAACUCUAUGGCGGGCUCUACUACCGCAAAUAAUUUUUCGAAUGGCAGGCAAUCGAGUGCAGUCGUAACGCCACAUCCUUCUUCGUCUAAAGCAGUGAUUUGGUGCAUUAUCUAACACGUGAGCUUUAAAUGGCUUGUUUGUUCUUUUUAACGAACGUCUUAGUUUUUUGUUUUCUAUUCAUAAAUAUUUUACGUACAAUUUUUGUUCUAAAGGCAAAAAAGGUUUGGGAUCAUUAUCAAGUAUUUUGAGGUUAAGUUGAUGGUUAAUUUUCUUUUGGUGAGGAUGGAAGAUAAUAAAGUUCGACUUUUUAACGUUUAGCGUUAGCUUGUAGGCUGUUAACCAUUCAUAAACUUUAUGGAAUUCCAGGUUCACAACAAGCUCCAGGGUUCGAAGAUUUUUAUCAGCACAUAAUAGAUUUGUGUCAUCAGCAAACAAGUAGAAUGUUAAUUUAUCAGAGGACUUGUGGAUAUAAUAAAACAGUAAAGGUGCUAGAACAGAGCCUUGUGGGACGCCACAGGUCAUCGGUUGCUUGUUGGAGAUAUCAGGUCCAAUUUGAGUUUACCGAACACGGUCAGAAAGAUAAGAACGGUUUAGUUUUAUUUGUGAAGACAUAAAAUGGAUCUAAUCUAAGACAGCUGCAUCUGCAAGACAAAAAAAGAGAGACAUUUUUACCACUGUUGCAGUUUCUAAACCACAUAUCACAAGUUUUUUGCGAGUCUUAUUAGAUAUUCGAAAUGUGUCUUGGGAAACUGAUGUCAAGCCAUAGCUUAAAGAAGCAAAUUUGGAUGGUUAGAGAGCCCCUUUCAAGCUCAAUUUUGAGCAAUAAGAACACCAGAACCAAUAUCAACUUUCUACGCCAUAUUGCAGCAGAGUAACUGUAGUUUCAUUGGUGAAAGCCGAUUCUCAUAACACAAAUUAGUUGUUCGGAUUUUCACAAGAACCCAGGAAUUGUCAAUAACUAUUAACUAAAAUGCUGAGAUGUUUUGUUCUAUAUGCUCUAUGAAACCAAAAUUUGGCUGGAGUAAACUUUCAAUCGCUUUUAAUUAAAUCAGACACUUUACUUUAUCAGUAGGCAGCAAUUCCGCUCAUUUUAAAACCUUUAAAACUCGACGCGUUACAAACAGUAUUUCGGAAACUGAAUUCCGACCUCAAAGCAAGCAUCCGACAUCAAGUAUAUCACGGAACACCAGUAACAUGGUAUUAAAUUUUGACAGCAUGUACUGAACAUGUGCAACUGUCACUCAUUCAAUGGAAUUCCCACAUCACAAAGGAACACAAAAGUGUCAGGGGUCUGAAGCCAAAUUUUAAUUUUGGGGUGAAACAAAACUUAACUUUGUAGACCCCAACCUCCACCUUGCUUUAAAAUGAAACGGAUAAUAACGCAAAAAUAACAACUGUACCCAGAAUAUGAAAAAUAACUUCAUUGCAGUGCCGGAGUCUAAUUUAAUGAAGACAUGAUGGAAACACAACUGAUCACGAUUUGUUGUUUAUCGACACUUUGAAAUUGUAAAUGAGAACAACACGGUUUCCUCGUUUCGCAAGAGCUAGGAACUAGUAAUCUGUCAAACUUACCACAAUAGACAUGUUCGCAGCGCAAGCGUAGACAUUUUUCGCCAGUGAAGCUAUUGCUUGGUGGGCUGCGUCAAAGUACUCACCCAAGAUCUCCUCGUCCACGACAAACGUAUUAUCACCUGCCGUAGUGAUUUGCUUUAACUCCUUAUUAUUAUCUCUACUUCGUUUUUUCUAUAUAGACCCUUAAAUACCUUGUUUCUCUUAGCCAAACUAGCAAUGCGAUUAAUAUGGUACUCUGAAGGAACAUUUUCUUAACACUCCAUUUUUGUAUUUAACAACUAGGGUCUGAACUUUAGCAUUCACGCGGAUGCAGCUUGGGGAGGAUAUUUCUGUAGCAUGCUGCGCGCGCAGCCUGAGAGACGUCCGACGCCAACAGCCAAAGAAGCAGGAUUUGUUCCAGAAAUGUACCUUAGCUCCUACGUCCAUGAACAGUUAUCAGCUCUCCAUUGUUGUGAUACAAUCACUGUUGAUCCCCACAAAUCUGGCUUCUGUCCGUAUCCUGGUGGUACAAUCUGUUAUAGAGACAAAAAGAUGAACUCAUUUCUGUCAAUCAACAGUAAAGUGCCCUACCUCCAUGGAAAGACGAGUCUUGGGGACGUUGGCAUCGAGGGAUCCAAACCUGGGGCAGCUGCUGUAGGGGUGAUGAUGGCAAACAGGGUAACCAUUUAGGACUGUUUUUAUUUUACUAAUUUUUUUAAAAAACCAGCCCAUUUUUCUUAGUUGUUGCCAUCCGUCUGUUUCAGGAGACAAUGAAGUCUCCGCCUAGGUUUAGUCUGUGGUUGAGUUGCAGCGCCUGCUGUGGCUGUACAGUCCAAUUCUGGAUCGGCAGGCUCUGUUGCAGUUGCUGCAGAUGAAUUCCGCUCUCAGUUUUGUGGGUGCUAAUGCCGUCCACUGCCGUCUGCGCUCUCUCCUCUUGUCCCACUGCUCCUCUCUCCUCUUCUCACUCGUCUAAAUUCCUGCCUUGAUAGCAAGCCUCCAGAGACUUCGGUCUGCAGCUACAGCUUUCCAAUCCGCUGGGUUGACAUUUCCUUCCUUCAGAUCACGUUUAAAAACGUUUUUGAAGCAAAGGGUAGGCCAUCCUGCAGGUAUAAUUCUAGUGGCAAGCUCGCCGUAGGGCAUGUCCUUGGGAAUUCUUCCAUCCUCUAUACUGCUGACGUGGCCAAGCCAAUGCAACCGUCGCUGUUUGAGCAAGGCGAACAUGCUAGGUACUCCCGCCUGUGCCAGGAAAUCCUUGUUUAUGACACGUUCUUCCCAGGUGAUGUCGAAAAUCCUUUUGAGGCAGCGCAGGUGGAAGAUGUUGAGUCUACGCUCUUGGCAGGAGUAGAGGGUUCAGGUCUCGCUGCCGUAGAACAGUGUGCUGAGCACGUAGGACUGGUAAAACUUCGUCUUGGUGCUAAUGGUGAACAAGGUGUUGUCCCAGACCUUCGUUCCAAGGUUUGCCAGUGCUACCGCUGCUUUGACGAUCCUUUGGUUCAGUGCGGUGUCCAGGGAGAGGUUACUAGAGAUGGUGGAGCCUAGUUAAGUAAAGUUCUCCACAUCCUCAAGAGGGCAGUUGCCAAUGGAGAUGCUUGGCAUGCUGCUGACGUCUUGGCCAAGGAUGUUAGUCUUCUUAGGAAUGACGGUGGGACCAAACUCUUUACAAGCGUGUGCGAAGCAGCUGAUGAGUAGCUGUAGAGCAUCCUCAGUGUGUGCGGUCAGGGCAGCUUCGUCUACAAACACCAUCUCUCUUAUCCCUUAUCCUUCAGGUUCAGCGGAGCAACGAUUUGGAACAUGCUCCCCCUGGGCCUGAGGAGCGAGCAGCGAACAUGAUAUUGAAAAGUUUAAGUCUGCCCUCAAAAGGCAUCCCUUACUUUUGAUAUACUAUUGUAUUUUAGUAAAAGCCAACUAGUGGUCUAUUAUCAAUGCUGCGUUCUGAUUGGUUGAGCUACUACUAGGCUAUAUGUUAUAGUCCACUAGUAGCGAAAAGCGCCGGCUUUAAAAACCAGAACAAUGGUGGCUGAAUAGCGUUUUGCUAGCUAAAGUUGUUUUGUCUCGAUAUUUUUGACCAACUAGUUGGAUUUUACUAAAACAAUUAUUUCUCUCGCCCUCAUGGCCUCUGAGUUAAUAGCCCACUCAGCCUUCGGCCUCAUGGGCUAUUGACUCAGAGCCCAUUCGGACAUCUCUGACUAAAUAAUGUUAAUAAAAUAAGUGAAUAAAUAAAUCAUUAACUUCCGCACCUUGGCCUUUGCUUGGAGGCGUGCAAGGUUGAAGAGGUGUGGAUUUACACACCUGACUGGCUGAAGGUGUAGGACAGCGGUAGAGAGAAAAAGGUGUCGAAGAGUUCGGGAACGAGUACACGCGAAGCCCUGUUUCACUCUGCUCUUGAUUAGAAAGGGGUCCGAGGAUGAGCCGUCGUACUGGACGGCACCUUGCUAGUCUUCAUGAAAAGACGCGAUCAUCCUUACGAGCUUCGGGGACAUCCAAUCCUCUGCAGAAGAGGGAAUAGGCCUUUCCUGGUGACUAGAUCAAAGGCCUUAGUCAGGUCAAUACAAGCGAUGUAUAAGGGCUUGCUAUGCUUGCGACAUCUUUCCUACAGCUGCCUCAAUGAAAAGAUCAUGUCCAUUGUUGAUCUUCCUGCUCUGGGCCCGAACUGCGUCUCAGGGUACAUCCGUUCUGAUAACGACUGCAACCCGCUCACCGCUACAUGGGCAAAGGCCUUCCCAAUGAUACUAAAUAAAUAAAUAAGUAAAUAAAUAAAUAGAACUUAAAUGGCUUUUACAAUUACUGGCUAGCCCUGUAGUUUACAUUGUGGGCCCAAUCUACAAAUAAUUCUAAAAUAUAAAAGAUAACGUAAAAGGAAGUAAAAGGGUAAAAAAUUGAAAAUGGUUAAAAAUAGUUACCUAAUUAGUACAGUACAAUCGAGAUAAAAAAAAAAAAACAAAAAAGGUACCUUAAAAUGUCCUUGUAAUACUAAAAUGUUUGUGACUUGCAUUAAUGUUUAAGAAUAUCUCGAGCAAAUGUUUCUUAAAGUUACUUUCAUUUGUCAUGUUUUUAAGCUUGUCGUCUAGACGAUUCCAAAGGCGAGUCGCGCUCGCAUUAAAUGUUCGCAGACCCGCGUUAGACAAGCCUUUCGGUACAGCCAAGGCAUUAUUAGAAGAUAAGCGAGUGUUAUAGCUAUGGGCAUUUUUUAUAUGUUCUAUAACUUUUGAAAUAAUCUGGACAUUCCUUGUUCACAAUUUUGAACAUCAUAGACAUAUUUUUUAUGCGCAUUAUGUUGUCAAUCGGCCCCCACUGUAGUUUCUGGAACAUUUGUGCGGAAUUAUCUAAUAGCCUGGCAUCUAGUAUUAAUCUACCCCAGCGUUUUUGAACUCUAAGAAUUCUCAACAACUGGUCGUUUGGGGCAUUACCCCAAACCGAGCAACAGUAUUCAAAGAUAGGCUUCACGAAUGCAUUGAAUAACAAUUUUCUGCAGUGGAGAUUGAGGUAGCCUUUGGCUCUUUUAAGUAAAUAACUUCUUGAGUUCAGUUUCCCAAUUAAGUAUUCGAUAUGGCUGUGCCAGGUAAGGUGAUUGUCCAUCCUGGCGCCCAGGAAUUUUCAUUCUCGGCUCUUCUAAACGGUUGUCGGUCAAGAAAAGAUCCAAGGUUGGCUGAUUCACAUGUUGCAGUUUCUGUCGUGUGGCAAUGAGGAGUGGUUUUGUCUUCUUUGCGUUAGGGACCAUUUGAUUUGAAGUGAACCAUCGGCUAGCACAUCCUCGGAGACCCAGGGGCAGGCAGUCGGGCCGGGAGAAAAGGCCCGACGAAAGUUUUCAAGCACAGGCGGAAGAGCCCUUGGGUACCAACUCUCACCGGACCAUUUCCAAACGGUCAAGCGAAUGCUGGCUCCUGAUUUGGCACAAAAAUGCUUUGUAUUAUUGUGCCCAAUCGGCGAACAGUUUCCCCUGAGUUCUUGUCGUGAGUUCGUACACGUGUCCAGCUUGUCAUCUACAUUUUCAGACAUGUCAAGCAGCGUCCAUGGAGAAGUGUAUAGAUCGUAAAUAAAACUAUCCCUGCCAAAAUUCUUGGAGCUCCUUAUUUAAUGGUGUCAUGAUACGAUUUUGGCGAUUUAGGGCCACGAGACCUGUGUACGAAGCACAUCGGAUAAUGGUCACUUGGUCCAUAUAUUGGGACAUAUAUGGGCUUUCGAUGAUUUGUUCAGGAUGCGUAACAUAAACAUGAUCUAGCAGCGGAGCCGAAUAUCGGGUAACUCUUGUGGGGGUGGAAGCAGAUAUUAUCUGUUCCAUCCCUGCAUCUUGGAAUAUUGUGGAUAGCCUACAGGACCCUUUAACUGUUAUCAGGUCAACACUGAAGUCUCGAACCACAAUUACUUCGUUAUAUGUGCUCGUAGAAACGUCUAUCAUUUUCUCCAGGGACAUACAGAAAUCAGGAUUUGAGUUUGGCGGGCGGUAGAUAAUAAUAAAAAAAAUCUUUGUCCCCAAACGAUGUUGCUUGGUCUCUAAGCAAAGAUGUUCGAGGUCAGUUGUAGAUGGAUCCAGCAGGUGAAUCCUACGGCAGGGAAGAGCACAGCUCACAUACAUGGCAACACCACCGCCUCUUAUCAAGUCACUCAGAUCACAGCGGUGAAUUUGAUAAUUCUGUAGAGCAAUCUCGCAGUCUGAGGAGGGAUAUUCCACGAUAGUUGUUGCAGUCGCUGCGGUCUUCCUUUUUCGUGUAGAGCGUGAUGAUGUUGGUGUCACGUUACCGUUCCUCCCAGCACUGUAGCAGGCGGUCGUGCAGAUGAUGAAGGAGAGCAGUGUUCUUGCCAGCCUUGAUGAACUCUGGUGGGAUGUCGUCGUUGCCUAGUGCUUUAACUCAGGCUAGACCGUUGAUUGCUUUGCGGAGUUCGUCUACUGAGGGUGGACCGUCAAAAUCUUCCAUGACAGGCAGGAGGAUGAUACUCUCAACUGCUGCGUCAGUGACGAUAUUCUCCCUUGAGUAGAGCUCUUGGUAGUGUUCUCCUCAUCUCUCUAUCUGUUUCCCCCAGUCUGUAAUGAUGCCAACAGCAGAUAACUUCAAGGGUGCAGUUUUGGUGGCGCUUAGACCGAAGGCUUUCUUUAUGCUAUCAUACAUGGUGCGGAUGUUCCCACAGUCAGCGGAUAGUUGGAUGCUUUGACAGAGAUUCAGCCGGUUGUCGUUGGCGCGGCGUCGAGCGAUCCGUUGGACAUCGUUCCCGGCCGUCCUGAGUGCAAAGAGUGUCUAAUCAAAGGGUCUCGAGCAGUGCUGCUCGCUUCGCCGCAAUUGCUGGCUCGAGUUCGGCAACGCCAGCUUGAAAUCAGUCUGCGUUCUGCCGCUCUCUAUUGCCGAAGGUGUCCAUGGCUGAUUUGUAGGUAGUGACACGGAUGUGGUUCCAUCUUUUUUCAGGGCUUGUUGUGUGGCAGUCCCUCAGGGCCUCUUCAGUGAAGUCGGCGGAGCCCUCACACAGGUCUCGGAUUGCUUUCCUGGCUGUGGUGAUGCGUGGGCGUCCUUUCUGCGUGGAGCGGUUGACUCGUUUGGGUUGAGAACGCACCUUGGUGCCAACUAGACAGUGGUCGCUGUCACAGUCAGCGCUGUGGUAACUGCGGGUACUGAGGAUGCAGUUGAGAAGGGUCUUCGAGUGAUAACAAGAUCCAGCUGGUGCCAGUGACUGGAUCUGGGGUGCCGCCAAGAUACUCUGUGGCUAAACGUGGUUGAGAAUAAGGUGUUGGUUAUGCAGAUGUUGUGGGAAGAGCACAGCUACAAUACUCUCUGACCGUCCUCGUUCAACUUGCCGACGCCAAAGUGGCCGAUGCUGCGGGGCCAAGAGUCGUGGUCAGCUCCCACACGGGCGGUGAGGUCCCAGAGCAAGAACAGGUAUUACGUGGCAGGAAUCUCUCUGAUGGUUGUCUCUAGUUCCUAAUAAAACUCAUCCCUGACCUCGGCUGAAGAGCAGAUUGAUGGAGCGUAAAUGCUCGGGAUGAUCACUGGGUCUGAGAAGCUGGAGAAGCGAGGAGAGAGAAUACGGGCUGUGCCUUUGGAUGGUGCGGCUUUGUACGGGACAGGGGAGAAUUUCUCACUGCAAAUACAACGCCCAGCAACUUUGGGUCCUCUGGCUCCUUCCCUUGUUAAAAGAAAGUGUGGUCCUGUUAUCUGAGGCUGCCGUCUGAUGGGAGUCUAGUCUCCUGCAGUGAAGCGAUGUCGAUAUUGAGCCUUUGAGAUCAAAAGGAUUUCCCCUAAGCUUCAAGCACGUAAUGAAGCAGGCAGACUGUGGCGAGUCAGCACCUUACUGGCUGGAGGGUGCCCAGCUUGAGGCGGGUGGUAGCUGACCGGUGGGACGCGAUGAUCCCUCCCACCGUCGGAGGCAACCUGUAGCGCAUGGACCUACGCCAGUAGGCCUGGACGUAUAACCCGUAACUGCUGCCUCCCGUGUUGGGGAGACUGGGAUGCCCAGUCGUCAGGAUCCACCUCUCGGCCUCACUGACGUAGUCCAAAGGAGAGCAGAGCAAAAUAUUUGGCACCAGCUUGACUUCCGGAGCUGUUGGCAGGUAAUCAUGUUCACAAUGAACCGCCUUAGGGGAUCCUCUCCGGAUUUCUGCAGGGUUUACUCCUUAGCCUUUCCUCCUCCCAGAUAUUCCACAAGGCAGCGGAGCCAUACUCCAAUGGCCGGGGCACGGAUGCUGGAACCUUAGGGCUUUCAUGGACCAAGGAUCUUUGCCCUCCCAGUCUGUCCAUCACCCCUGGACACUUCGAGGGUGUUACCUCAGACUUACGCCUUGUCCUAGAGGAAUUGCGUGCCAUGGUUGCCGAGCUUCAUCUGCCCGAGUUUCGAAAUGAGAAAUUUUCUUCUUCUAGGCAGAUUUACAACCAGGGUUGAGGGCUCAGCCUAGGCCUGCCCAGCCCAGUUAUCCGGUCGGGCACCCGGUGGCGCCACAAUAGCAGUCUCCGCGAGAACGGGGAAUCUCCUUGUAGGCGCGGCUGUGGACACGUUUUUGAAGCCUUAGAAAUAGCCUUACAAUGAUAGCCUUUGUACCUGGCAAUCCAGACGGUGGCUACGCGGCGAUCACUACACUAUGGAAAGGAGAAGUUUUUGAAUGCAAGUCACUUUCCGGAUGAGCGGGACGUCCAACACAAGACCUCACCAGAUCCCCACCCAAUCCCUAUUAUCACGUUAUUUCAUGCAUUUAUCCAAGCAGACAUUUCAUGCAGUGUUUCAUUUGCCACAACAAGAAUAUAAGCUGUUUCUCAACUGCUUGUCCUUACAAUGGCAUAGUUUUCCUUAUUUCGUUUUCUUGUUUUCACAGGUCAUUGGUCUUCACGGUUACCGUCGUAUCCUGGCUUUGUGCAUGUUUACGUCAAAGAUCCUGUACUGUCAGUGGGCAGCACUAGCCAAAGAGGACGACAUUUUUGUUAUUAAAACAACGAAACCAUUAUCCAAUAUGAAUAACUGGUCAGAGGAGGAGCAUAUCAAAUUUAUUAGGGGACGAAUUCUCGGAAAAAGCAACGAAGAACUAGCGCGGGUAAAUCUUUUAACCUGUUAAACUGUAUUGCUGUAUUUUUGUGAUUUAAUUCCGUACCGACACAGCAAUGCUAAUACUGUUUCAACUUGUUUGUCGCUUAGGAUGAUGAGGCUAUGAUUUACCUUAAAGAAGUGGGUCCUGACACCUUGAUACCGUGUUUCUCUGUAAACUUGAAAGGAAACCAAAACGUUGAAGUGUGCAAUGCAAUCAACACAGCGAUCUUCGAAAGCCUCAGUCACACAUCAGGGGAACAUUCAGCGCUUCGUAUUCCAAUGCUUGUUACCUCUUCAAGUCUAGUGUCCCACGUCCACAGUGUUGCAGCUACAAAUUUCAAGAGACGAUUAGGGGUAAAAUCUCAUUAAAUAUAUGACACUGAGUUGAAACUGGGUUAAAUAUUUGGCAAAACAUAAGCUAAGUAUUUUGUUUUGAAACUAACGGGAGAUUAUAUUGUUACGUGAAUUCAUUAGACUUUACCAUAUCGGUGGUUUGAUACUUUUCUAUCCUAACCAGUCAUGCUUAUUGCCAUCAGUUAAACACUGCGUAACUAUUACGUAAAUAUCAGGCUAACGUCGUCGGUUUUAUCCAGGAUUGGAUUGGCUAGAAGAGAGAAAAAUCUUGGGGUCAUCUUUCAGGAAAUUUUGAAUAUUUGAAGAACUGUUUUUUUUUAUUUUUAAACCGCACCAAUGAAAAGUGAAAAGAAAUAUGCGCGUGUAAAAUUUCGUCACUUAGUGCUAUAAUAUGUAUUGAAUUUAUACUGUCAUAUGAUUUAUUGAGUGCCUUUUUUUCGCUAACUGAUUUACACUCAGAUCCCUUUUUUCCCUCCUUGAUCUAGCUUAACUCAAACAAUGACACGCCAGUCAAAUACAUCAUUACAACCUGCAUGGAUCCCUGGGCCACAUCAACAGAGUUCAUGAAGCGCGUGGCUUCUAUCAUGAGAAAUAGUAUUUUGUGCGCCGUUGGAAGGGUAAGGGCCAACUCAGAUGUAAUCAAAUUGCAAGUGCUUCAUUAUACAUAAAGUACGGCUUAGAACGUACAGAUAUGUUGCCUUUGAGAUAAUAUAUUAGAUCGUUAAAAUUCAGUUAAGGUGCACGGCUUAAAUCUAUUUAUUAGCGUUUUCGUCAUGUUUUUAUAGAUCGCGAUUUCCAUGUCAAGGCUUUGUGCAAAGUUGAAAUGACUGUAUCAGUUCUAUUUCACAAAGGCAAUUGAUUUACACGUUUUUAUUUUCAAUUAGCCGCCGAGUGGCAAACUAAUCCUGUGACAAUGUAAAAAAAAAAAAAGCCAGAAAACUUGAAUAUAUUACCAAGCAGAAGGUUUUGAUUAUAACAUUUAACGAAGUUAGGAAAGAAUCUGUUGUAUGAUUUUAAAAUUACUGAUAUCUUUUUGUACAAAUAAGGUUUUUAAUACAUGAUGAUAUCUCAAACGCUUUUAUACCUGAGGGAGAGUAAAUAUAUAGAUUAUUAAAGUUCCCAAACUCCCCAUAUUAUCUAGGCUACCAUUUUCAAAAUCGUCUUUAGUUGCAUAUUUCAUAUAAAAUGGUUUCAGUAUAUUAGAGCGAUUACACAUCACUGCGGCUAUUUUUGUGUUCCAAAACCGAUGAAACGGCGGUCAUGUUAGUGUUCCAAGCUUAUCCCGAGGGAGUUGAAAUCUUUUCUUCUAUGCUGACCACGUGAGUGAAAACGCUCUAAUACUCAUGUGGUUGUAGAAUUUCGCGUACUCUGAUUGGUCCAGGCCCUCCUCAUCUCCCCCAAUAAUCACCAGGCGAGUGAGGUUAUUGUAGCCAUUUCUGAUGAAUGACUCUGUGAUCGAGCGCCGAAUACAAUGAACUUAAAAGGCUAUUAGUUUAGUUUAGGACGGUUAAUACAAUACGCUAUAACACCAGAUACACGCGUCUUGUAGAAACUACGAGAUAAGUGAUACGAGAUAAGUACAAGUUAAGUUGCAGAUUGGCAGCCGUAUAUCAAAGAUGUAUCAAUUUAUGUCGAUCUCCCCUUUUAGGUUACUGAUCCUAUUGCACUCCACAACUUUGUCAGCACUGGUGUUGUCAAUGAACAGAAUGAAGUGAUCGCCUAUUAUGUAGGAGACUUUAAGAGAGUCCCGAAACAGUACGACGCGAUUGUUAAGUUAAAAUUCAUGUGUGACAAAGACGCCCAGAAGUACAUCACGACACAGAAAAUGCUGUUAAAGUGGAAUGUUCCUCAACCUAUUGUCUUUCGAAGCAAAAAGCAAAGACUUUAUGAUGUCUUCUUCAAGAAUACAGGGUACUCCGGUGAACUGGAAGAGUUCGACUGUUUCAUUAGCCUUCCUUCUGAUAACAGCAACCAUCCAUUAAUGAGCCCAAACAUGAAAAUCAUGGACGUUCCACAUUACAAGCAUUUUGACAACCACGAAUUCCCUGAGCACAGUUCGUACUUUAUGUACGGAGACAAGGAAAAUGUGUUUUUGUUCCACAUCCCUACCAAG